AUGAGUUCGCCUCUAGACACGCUGUGGACUUUGACCCCUUGCUCUCAACCCAAAGUGGCGCAGCCUGAAUCGAUGUCUAUGCCCAGGGUGCUGCCUCCAACGAAGCCAACGCCUCCCUCCUGGGUGUCUCCCUCUUGGGCACCUCCCCUUUGGACACCUCUCCUUGGGCACCUCCCUCCUGAGCGCCUCCCCCUUGGGCGCCUUCCCCUUGGGCGCCUCCCUCUUGGGCACAUCCCCCUUCGGCGCCUACCUCUUAGCGCUAUCACUGACCACUUCUUCGUAUCCCACGCCAUAGGUGUGGUCGUUCACUUUGUUGCCAUCAGCACUAGGGAUGCCGACCUUGCUGUCUUUUCUGACCACGCCAGCGAUGGCUCGUUCUAUGCUGCUGAUCUGCCCUUCGAUUUACUUAGGAUUGAGGAAUUCUAUGAUACUAGGCUUGGGGUUCCCCUUGGAUUUCCCUAG